AUGUCCCGAUCCACCGACCCCGGCCACUUCUUCCAGACGACCGCAUCACUCUCCGAAAUCACCCGCAAAGCCCAAAAGUCCACCAACACCCACGGCAGCCCAAUCCGACUCCCCUCCAAAAUCCUCAGUAUCGGCGCCGACCCCGACGAUGCCGGACGCGUAUACGUCGCCGAGGCGGCCGGCACGGCCAGAAGAGUAGUCCUCGAAACCGGUGAAAUAUCCGCCCUCUACACCGGCCCCGCCGCCCCCCUGACCUCCCUCGCCCUCUCCCCCAGCCCCACCUCCAGCGCAGCCCCCCGCACCCUCUACGCAGGCUGCUGGGACAAGACUAUCUGGUCCUGGAACGCCACCACUCGUGCCCCGCUCCGCCGCUUCACAGGCGGGCACACCGACUUCGUGAAAGCUCUACUCUGCCUGCGGCUUGGUGGGCGCGACAUCCUCGUCUCGGGCGGUGCGGAUGGGGCAAUUGUGGUGUGGGAUGCGCGGAGCGGGGAGAAGCUAUAUAGACUUAUGGGGCAUGUGAGGGGGAUCUUGAGUUUGGCGGUUGAUCCUGCUUCGCUCGGGAGUGGGAUUGAGGAUGGGAGGAGCGGGGUUGAGGGGGAGACCGUGACGCUUUUUAGCGGUAGUAGUGAUCGCGAGACCAGGCGCUGGCGUCUCACUGCCUCCGCUGGCAAUGAACUAGCAGACGACGCGGCGACAGGCCCCGUACCGAUACUCGCGCACGAGACAAGCGUCAACGCGCUCCGCUUCGAUGCCGACGCUGACUUGUGGACCGCGUCCGCCGACAAAAGCGCCAAGUGUCUGGUCCGUGACCGGGGAUGGGAGGCGGAUACGACACUCCCGCACCCUGACUUCGUGCGCGAUGUUGUUGUAGACGAGGAGGGCGGAUGGAUCGUUACCGCCUGCAGAGACGAAGAGGUGAGAGUCUGGGAACGGGGCACGGGGAAAUUGUAUCACACUUUCAGCGGCCAUUUUGAGGAAGUUACGGGGCUGCUGCUUGUGGGGAGAAUGCUGGUUAGCGUGUCGAUUGAUGCGACGGUCAGAAAGUGGAGUCUAGCGCCGCAGGAUCUGCAGGCUGCGAAGCUGGAGGCGGAGAAGGCGAGGGAGGGAGAGGUGGUAGAGGAGAAGGAGGAGCCGAAGGAGUCGAUGCUGACGGCGGAGGAGGAGGCGGAGUUGGCGGAGUUGAUGGAUGACAGUGACUGA